ACGAGAGACUCGCCACAACCGCGCCGCGCGCCAGUCUGUAAACACGCAAGCUCGCGCCAUUUCUUCCACAUUCGAAUUUAGAAUUUUUCGUUAGUUUUUUUGUACUUUGUUUUGUACAUUUUAAUUUAAUUUGUGCCAGUGCCAAAAUAAGAACAAUGAAGGUUUUAAGCGUUGUGAUUUCUUUCAUGUGUGUGUGUACUGUUUUUGCCAGUGAGAGUUACAGAGCAGGUGUACUGCACUUGCAAAACAAAGAAAUGUCCGACUACACGCGUUUCAUACGUGAAGCGGGGAACUCGGAUGUCGAUAUUCUGGUGUUGCCGUCGCUGGACUCCAUCGAAUCCUCUGAUAAAUAUGAUGAGAUUGUCGACGUAAUAUCGGAGACGGCUAAACAAGCGAAUGUGUAUGUCGCCAUACAUUUGUAUGAGAAGGCUCGUUGUCACGUGGGCCAUGAGAUGGUUAGGAGCAACCUGGUGUUUGAUAGGAAAGGAGAGAUUGUUGCCGUUUACAGAAAACCUCAAAACAGUAAUGCCAACUGCACGGCGUCACCCUCAGUACCAGCUACGUUUACCACUGACUUCGGAGUGACGUUCGGAGUGAUAAUGGAAGAAGACUUAGCUCUGUAUGACGAGGAACACUUGAAAGGAGUCAAGAACUUCAUUCUCACUGGAGACUGGCAGUCUGAGUUACCGUUCUUGAGUGCUGCCCUAUUCGCCCCAUCUUGGUCUUACACCAACAACGUGAACCUGGUGUCUACCUCUGGCAUUUACUCUGGAAGGGCAGGCUUGAAGGCUGGCUCUGGUAGACUGGUAGUUGCUGAUUUACUGAAGAAUGUUGAAAAUGACGUAUCAGUAGUCCCAUCAGUGAAUACUCCAGUAAACUUCCUGGCGGAGGACUUAAACCUGUUCGUGAUGAAGCAGCUGGACCUGCAGGCCAGCGCCAACGGGUACACUGAGACCAUCUGCCACAGGAGCUUCUGCUGUGAAUUCUAUGUUAAGACUGCUAAAGAUACCAAAACUGAAUCUACCUACAACUUGGCGACGUUCAAUGGCGUCCGUCCUUUCGGUGCUAACCACAAUGUUGCCACUCAGAUCUGUGUCUUAUCAGGAUCCGACUCCAACGUAAACUUCGAAAGAAUAUCCAUCGCUGCCAACUUUACGAAACAAAGCUCUCAAUAUCCAAUCGUCCAAUCGACAGCAGUGCUACCAACUGAAUCCUUCAAUUUCGAAGUUAAGAGCAACGGUGUUGCAGAACAGGUAACGUUGGAUUUAGAAAAUGGGAAAAAUGUUAUAAACUUUGGUAUUUUUGGUAAAAAUGUUAAUGUAGAUUUGGUAAAGGAUUAUGUAGUAGAGAAGAAUGCUACUGUUGAUGGUCAGAAUGAGUUUCUUGAAUACAUUUUUAAUGAAGAUGUGCAAGAGUUUGUAGACUAUGUUUGGAUUCGUUUACGAGUACUGAUUGUUGUUGUAUCCAUUUAUAUUUUGGAGAUGAUGUAAUUUUACUCACAUAAUUAUUUUGAAGAGUGAAAAAUAUUUUGUUCCUUGAUCAAAGGUUGUUUAACUGAUUUUGAGUUCUCAUCCGUGAACAAUAAGAUUUAUUUUGCAAUAGAAUUGAAUUUUCUAACACUAUUCCUUCAAUAUAAGUUAUUCUAUACCAUAUAGAGAACACGAUAGAAUUCAAAAUCAGUUGAUAUAAUCGCAAAAACGAUGUUUUUAAAUUGAGAAUGAACGAAUGUUUUGCUUAGUACAAAAGGUAUUUGUAUCAUGAAAGAAAGUGGUUAUUGGUAUUUGUAUGAUAGUGAGUUUGUGAUAAAAAUCUGUUAAUUAAUUGCUUAAUGCGUGAUAAGACUGUAAAAUGUAUGUAUUGAGGUCGAUAAUCGCUUGAUAAUAAUUUCUAGAAUAAUAUUGUACCUACUGGUAGAAUGCAUGGAAACCGGUUUGCUUUGUAUGGUCGAUAGAUGGCGCUUUUCUACAGUAAAUUUACCAAAGAAAUUGGUAAAUUAAUGCUGCUGUUGUAAAAGUCGUUCUAGCUCAUUGAUAUAGAGUUUAUUUUUGAGUAAUUGUAUAAUUGUUUGGCUGGUGUCAAAAAUGUAGAAUGUAUUUUGUUUAAUAAGUAAUGUACUUAUUCAAGGAGUGAAUGAGAGUUUUAUGAAAUUAACAUUUUGUAUGGGAAAUUGUUAAGUAGAUAUAUUUUUAUGUGUAAUAUAAUUCAUUACCGUUGACUGUAGACAAAAUCUUACUGUUUCACCAUUAAAUACAAAUAAGAUGUCGGAAUUUUCAAAGUCAUAUCAAGUUUUUAUUACUAUUAAACUUGUUUUAAACUUUUAAUAUCAAUGAAAGUUAAUACAAGUGUUAUAUUUAGUAUAAAUGGCUCCACAUUUCGUAUUUUUGUAUUUAAGUAAUAUGGUUUGAGAUGCUAUUUAUACAUUAAUAUCUUGGUAUGACAUUAAUUUGGUAGUAGAUGUUUUACUUUCAAAUUUUUAUUUUGUGACUAUAUUGAAUUAACUGUCGGGCUCAGAGUCAUUUAAUCAUUACUAAAACUAUUACUUAGUAAUGAUUUUAUAUCGAAAACAAUUGCUAAGUACAACGGUUAAGUAGCCAUUAAAUGAAUUUGCGUACGGCGGUUAUUUUGUAAAGCAUAAAGAAUUAAAACAUUGUCCAAAGUUAUUGAAGUACAAUAAGAAAUCAAUUAUUUAAUUUGCUAUACUAUGUUACUGUAUAUAAUUUGGUCUGUAUAAUUAAUAUUUUAUUUGGUGAAAUAGUUAUUUCGGCAGAUGACACUGAUACACGGUACAAUAUUUUCUAUGUAAUAUUAAUAUUAAUUCUAUGUGUAACACAGUCGUGUCGACUGUUACUGUGAUAUUAGAUAUAUGCAUGAUUUAAAUAUAAUGAAUUUUAUAAGAAUUUA